AUGACUCUGCCGUCAAAUGCCAUCAACUUCUUCACCAUCCUGUUUUUCGUCCAGCGCUACUAUCUCCGAACCUCGCGCCAAGUCCGACUUCUCGACAUUGAAGCCAAGGCACCCAUGUACACACACUUUCUCGAGACUCUCAAAGGUGUAGCGACCAUACGCGCGUAUGGAUGGGAGAGUAACUUCGAGGCUCAGGCCUCGGCUCUUUUGAAUCGGUCACAGAAGCCGCACUACAUGCUUGCCUGUAUCCAACAGUGGCUGGCAUUGGUCCUGGACUUGGUUGUCGGCGCUCUGGCGCUCAUUGUUGUUGCGAUGGCCACUUCACUAACGGACAAGUUUACCCCAGGAGCCGUCGGUGUGGCAAUGGUUCUGGUGCUGGGUUUUAACUCUGAUCUUGCAGUGACCAUUAAGAACUGGACAGCAUUGGAAACUUCUAUCGGGGCGGUGUCGAGAAUCAGAGAAUUCGCGAAUGAGACACCAUCUGAAGAACGAGAGCUUGGCAGCGAUGGUUUUCCUCCAGCAGGAUGGCCAUUGAAGGGUGCUAUCAAGUUCGAGAACGUCACUGCCGGAUACUCGUGA